AUGACGAAAUCCAGAAAACUUCCCAAACUUCCCCGUGAUUUGGUAGAGGAGAUACUCUGCCGCGUUCCGGCCACAUCUGUGAAGCGGGUACGAUCUACUUGCAAACGAUGGGACCGUUUAUUCAACGACACGAGAUUCGUGAGAAAGCACUCUGUGAAAGCACCAAAGCAGUUUAUGUGUCUCAUGCUGACGAAGAGUCACGGGAUUUGUCCGAUGAGCGUGAAUCUGGAUGGAGAUCCUCCAUCCGUAGAGGUUAAAGCUGAGCUUAGCCUGCUCGAUCCGCGUUCUAGAAACUCAGCCUUCCAAUUCGAUGUAACUCAAGUGUUUCAUUGCGACGGCUUGUUGCUAUGCGCCUCCGAAGAACCAGAACCUAGAAUCGUGGUUUGGAACCCGUUUACGGGCCAAACCAGGUGGAUCGAAUCCGGUGGCGGGUUAAGCCCCCAGUUAGCUCUGGGAUACUAUCAAGACAAGAGACACAACACUAGGAGAUACAAAGUAUUGAGCUUUUAUAAUGACCGAGAUUCGAAAAUCUACGAUUUUGACACUGAUUCGUGGAGGGUUCUUGAUGGUGAUAGCGUUGGAGGACGGGCUCGUAGACGCGAUGAUUAUAUGGUGUCUCUCAAGGGAAACACUUACUGCUUUGCUACAGAUAAAGAAAAACCGGAGCUUGGCUUAUACUUGCUCACGUUUGAUUUUGCAACUGACAAGUUUGGAUAUGUGCCUCUUCCCUAUCAGUCUCCUUACCAUAGUGCCUGUCUUUCAGUUGUUAGAGAAGAGAAACUUUCUGUGUUAUUGCAACAAAAGAUUACAUCAAAGAUUGAGAUAUGGGUGACAAAUAAGAUGGGUGAGAGCAACAAAGGGGUGUCGUGGAGCAAGGUCUUAGCAUUGGAUUUGGGCCUUUGUCUUGGGAUUCUUGACUUUGCGAGUUUCUCGUUCGAUGAAGAAAGUCGUCACGUGUUAUGGAUGGAUUUGAUCGAGGGAAAGCCUACUCUUGAAGCCAUAGAUGUCAUCGAGAACCGACUAAAUUAUCUAGGCCGAGAUGUGGAAGCCAUAGGUGGCCUAGCAGAGAGCAUCCCUUUCGCUAUGUCUCAUCUGAAAGACGACCAAUCAGAACUACACUCGCUUCUAGAGGCUCAAUUAGGUGUAUCUAAUCGAAACAACUUAAGAGCUUUGCUAGAGCCCUACAUGUGA